GCCUGUGUAGGUUACUGACAUGGGAGGGCCAGUGUGAGCUGCAGGGACUGGAGAGCUGGCACAGGAAGGGGCUCUCUGUCCCUCCUGGCUCUGGGUGUGGAUGCAGCUGUGUCUGUUCCCCAUUUCCCCAACAGAGGUGGCCCUAGGUUAUCUCAGCCGCCCAGAGCUUCAACCAGCCCUGCCCACAUUCACACCAGCUCCCGGAGAGGGGCCACUGCGCAGAGACUUAGCUCUGGGCACCUAGAAGGGCCCUUUCUCCCCUCGUCAUCCCUCCUUCAUGGCCCACGUUUACUCUGAGGGGGUGGACUCUCUGCUGGGGACAAGCUGGAGAGGGACUCUCUUUCGGCCUUCUUUAUUCGCGGGGGAGGGCUGCUGCAGGAUGGAGGGCUUGCUUUCCCUGAGUCCUUAUCUGGGGGCCCUGCCCCACUCUCCCUCCCAUGUGCAGGGGCUUCCCCUCUGGCGAGCCUGCCUAGUUUCUCCCCAACUCAAGCCCCUUUACCCUACUGGCUCCUAAUGGGACUUCAGGUAUGGACCCUCAACUACACAGGCCCAGAAACUUCCUUGUUUGUCAAGCGCCAGUCUGACCCUGGUGUCCAUCUCAGUGCCCAGCAGGUGUUCUGGUGAGGGGAGGUGGGGGUGCAGGGUCUGCGGAGUGAGGGUUCCUACUCGGAGGAGACAGAGGAAAGGGGUUUCUGAGCCCAGAUCUUUGCUGCUCCGAGACACUCAGAACCAGAGCGGAGAGGCUGAAUUCAGAGGCUGUAGUGUGGGGCAGGGCUGGAAUUAGUGGCACCUGUGUGGGGACUCCAGGGCUGCAUUGGCCUGUGCUGUCCUGCUCGGGGAUUUGGGGGACUGGGUUUAGAUAGAGUGCAUCAUCUGCAUAGGGAGCACUGUUGUGGAAGUGGACUCUGCUCAGGUGUCGGGGGGCCUGCCUUUGAGGGGCACUGUGGUGGAGACGGAGCACCACUCAUGACAGGAGGCUGGUGUCUGAUCAGGCUGAGGGAUUCGCGUGCCAGCCCUUCUGAGAAGGCGGAAAGAGGUGGAACUGGUCAGGGCCUGGGCGCCAACUCCAGGAGGUGCUACACCCAGAAAGAGAGAGAUGGAGAGCCACCCACAAGUGGCCUCCUCCCCUCCCCUUCUGCAUACCACCCAUCCCAGCAGCACCCCCUGAGUCUGGGCUGUGGAUGGAUCUGAGUUGAGGGCAGGACAGAGUGGGAGUGGCAGUGCCUCUGCCUGUCUCCCUGGCCUCGGCAGAGCCUGUGUCACAUCUGGACCAGGAGAGGUGGCCCGAGGCAGCCGGGAUGACAGCUCUCCCCAGGAACCCUGCUGCCUGCUGAGAAACAUGAUCAGCAAGUCCCGCUGGAAGCUCCUGGCCAUGUUGGCUCUGGUCCUGGUUGUCAUGGUGUUGUAUUCCAUCUCCCGGGAAGACAGGUACAUUGAGCUUUUUUAUUUUCCCAUCCCAGAGAAGAAGGAGCCAUGCCUCCAGGGUGAGGCAGAGAGGAAGGCCUCUAAGCUCUUUGGCAACUACUCCCGGGAUCAGCCCAUCUUCCUGCAGCUUAAGGAUUAUUUCUGGGUCAAGACACCAUCUGCCUAUGAGCUGCCCUAUGGGACCAAGGGGAGCGAGGACCUGCUCCUCCGGGUGCUAGCCAUCACCAGCUACUCCAUCCCUGAGAGCAUCCAGAGCCUCAGGUGCCGCCGCUGCGUGGUCGUGGGGAAUGGGCACCGGCUGCGGAACAGCUCGCUGGGAGAUGCCAUCAACAAGUACGACGUGGUCAUCAGAUUGAACAAUGCCCCAGUGGCUGGCUAUGAGGGUGACGUGGGCUCCAAGACCACCAUGCGUCUCUUCUACCCUGAAUCUGCCCACUUCGACCCCAAAGUAGAAAACAACCCAGACACACUCCUCGUCCUGGUAGCUUUCAAAGCAAUGGACUUCCACUGGAUUGAGACCAUCCUCAGCGAUAAGAAGCGGGUGCAAAAGGGUUUCUGGAAACAGCCUCCCCUCAUCUGGGAUGUCAACCCUAAACAGAUUCGGAUUCUCAACCCCUUCUUCAUGGAGAUUGCAGCUGACAAACUGCUGAGCCUGCCAAUGCAACAGCCACGCAAGAUUAAGCAGAAGCCCACCACAGGCCUGUUGGCCAUCACGCUGGCCCUCCACCUCUGUGACUUGGUGCACAUCGCUGGCUUCGGCUACCCAGAUGCCUACAACAAGAAGCAGACCAUUCACUACUAUGAGCAGAUCACACUCAAGUCCAUGGCGGGGUCAGGCCAUAAUGUCUCCCAAGAGGCGCUGGCCAUUAAGCGGAUGCUGGAGAUGGGAGCCGUCAAGAACCUCACGUCCUUCUGACCUGGGCGAGAGCUGUAGCCUGUCGGUUGCCUACUCUGCUGUCUGGGUGACCCCCAUCUGUGGCUGUGGGGAUGCCCGGUGCCAGUAUGACCCACUUGGACUCACCCCUUCUUGGGGAGGGAGUCCCGGGCCUGGCCAGGUCUGAGAUGAGGCCAUGCCCCUGGCUGUUCUUACGGAGCCGAGAUCCAGUCAGGGUGGGGGCGCUGGGGCCACGGGAGCCCCGCCAGGGCAGGGGGCUUGUUGCUGUGGAACCCCCUCUCUGCCAGCACCAAGAGAUUAUUUAAUGGGCUAUUUAAUUAAGGGGUAGGAAGGUGCUGUGGGCUGGUCCCAUGCAUCUAGGAAAGAGGCCAGUAGAGUAUUCUGCCCACUUUUUGUAAAAACCUACAGCUGAUGGCCCCAUCAAGGCCUAGACCCAGCACCUGACUCCCAGGAGGGCAGGGGCAUUGGGAAUGGGUGGGUGCCCUCCAGAGAGGGGCUGCUACCUCCCAGCAGGCAUGGGAAGAGCAGUGGUGUGGGGGUUCCACCGAGAAUGGAACCUUACCUAGAAAAGAGUUUACAAACCUACCAUUAAACUAUUUUUCUUAAAAUGGAA